AUGAGGACUACCACCUAUCUAGCUCUAGUGACUACAGGAAUAUUGAUCACCGUGUAUCUAUACAAGAAACUCUCUGAAUAUCUUACCAUUACAGACCUCGAACGCAAAAAUGGCUGCAUGCAGCCAAGGAUAUAUCCACACAAGGAUCCGCUUCUCGGCCUCGAUUUGUUCUUCAAGAUGGGCGCAGCGAUGAAAACUGGAAAAGUGCUCCAGACAAACCGAGAGCUAUACGCCACGUAUGGGAAAACCUUCCAGAGCAACUCCUGGGGAACACCGGUUAUUCACACCUGCGAAUCCGAAAACAUCAAAACGGUCCUCGCGCUUUCGUUUGGGAGUUUCGGAAAGGUGAAGGUUAAGCCGGAGAAAGGGGGUGGAUCGCUGGAGGCUCAGGGAAUCUUUACCGCGGAUGGGAAGAUAUGGCAACGCUCGCGUUCGCUCGUAAGACCCACGUUUGCGAGGACUGAGAUUUCUAAUUUUGCCGCUCUGGAGAAACACGUCGCGCGGUUUUUGGAUCUUCUUCCGCGUGAUGACUCGACGGUUGAUUUGCAACCGCUUACGAAGAAUUUGUUUCUGGAUGUCUCCACCGAAUUCCUGUUCGGUGAAUCGGUAGAAUCUCAAUCCCCAAAUGCCCCCUUCGAUGCUCGAGAAUUCCUCAAUGCAUUCGAUAUGACCAUGCGUGGUCUCGGCGCACAAAUGAUGCUCGGCAAGCUGAAAUUCAUUCGCGGUCGAGAUAUCGAGUGGAAAAAGGCUUUCGGGAAAGUGCAUGCCUAUAUUGACAAACACGUCUCUCGGGUUCUGGAGAGUCAGAAGAGUGCAGAGAAUACGGAAGAGGAAAAUGAGAGUACCGCUCAAAAACAUUAUGUACUCUUGAACGAAAUGGCAAAGGAGACACAAGAUCCGGUGGAUUUACGCUAUCAACUUUUCCAUGUAUUUAUUCCCGCUCACGAUGCGACGGGGAUAGCUGUUAGCGAUAUCUUUCUUCAUCUGGCUCGUGAUGCGCAUCGAUGGGAUAAACUGCGGAGAGAAGUACUCGCUGCGACGACCGGACAGGCGCUGAGCUUCGAAAUUCUUAAGUCAAUGAAGAACUUACGAUACGUGUUUAAUGAAAGUCUCCGUCUUCACCCCACCGCAGGAUUUCUACGACGAGUGUGCCACAAAGACACCGUUUUACCACUUGGCGGUGGCCCUGACGGUAAGGCCCCCUUCCUGAUCAGAAAGAGUAGUAAUAUUACAUGUGAUAUCCACGCAUUACAUCGCGACAAAAGCUACUGGGGCAACGAUGUCGAUAAUUUUCGUCCCGAGAGAUGGGAGACCUUGCAACCAACUUGGGAAUACCUUCCAUUUUCAGGGGGGCCGCGCAUUUGCCCUGCUCAGCAGAUGGUUUUUAUUGACUCGGCAUAUAUUAUUGUGAGAGUAAUGCAGAAGUCCUCGAAAAUGGAAAGUCGGGAUUCGAGACCUUGGACGGAACAGUUUAGGAUGGCGGUGGAGAAUGGGAAUGGGGUGAGAAUUAAAUUGGUGCAGGAUGAAUUGGAUGUUUAG